AUGGCGUCUACAACAAUCCUCACUAACGGUCGCAUCUUCACGCCGAGCACCGGCUCGGAAGGAUAUGAGUUCCAACAAACCAUGAUAAUCAGCGGGGACCGCAUCCAAUAUGUCGGAUCCCCAAACCACGACGCUAUUCAGAAAGCCAAAGACUCCGGUGCCCGCGAGAUAGACCUGCAAGACAAGAUCGUGGUCCCAAGUUUCAUCGAUAGCCACAUGCAUAUUGUCGACUUUUCGCUGUCACGCCGCAAGCUGAGCCUUCUCUCGUGUAACUCGUUGGAGGAGAUUCGGCAGGCGAUCAAAGCCUUUGCGAAGGCUCAUCCAAAGGAGCCUCGGAUUAUGUGCAAAAGCUGGGUUCAGUCGACUACAGGGGGGGAAGCGCUGGCAAGUAUGUUGGACGACCUGGAUCCGCGGCCCAUCUAUAUCCACGCCAAUGACAUGCAUUCGGGAUGGUGUAAUACUGCUGCCUUGCAAGAGUUGGGCGUUGCCACUAUGGCCGAUCCCCCCGGUGGAACGAUUCAUCGGGAUGAGAAUGGGAAGCCAUCCGGCUUGUUGAGUGAGAUGGCUCACCUGGGUAUUGUUCCACAGUUCCUGGUAAGGGCUACCUCGCUGGAAGAUAAGCUGGACGCUCUGGAUGAUGCGGCGGCAGCGUAUACUGCGGCUGGGUACUCAGGGAUGAUUGACAUGGGGAUGGACGAUAUUGAAUGGGACGUGUUGAAGGCCUGGCGCCAGCGACAUGGAGAGAAGUUUCCAUUCCAUAUUGCGGCGCACUGGGUGAUUCCACCUAAUGAUGACCUAAACGUGGUGUUUGGUGAAGUUGACCGGGCUAUCGCCCUCCAUCGUGAAUAUAAUCCGACGACAUCCCCCGACUUUUGCAUUGCAGGGAUUAAGCUCAUGUGCGAUGGCGUCGUUGACGGCUGUACUGCAGCUCUGGCAGAUCCGUACCAGGGAUGCGAGAAUCCGGUGGACCCGAUCUGGCCCGUGGACCUUCUGCAGGCUGUUGUGAAGAAGGCGGAUGCGGCUGGACUGCAGAUCGCUAUUCACGCUAUUGGUGACAAGGCCGUCAAGAAUGCCAUCGAUGCACUAUCUCUAGCACAGCCUGGCCGUCGUCAUCGCAUUGAACAUCUCGAGCUCACCUCGCCUGAGGACGCAAAACGCCUAGGUCAGCUUGGAAUCACGGCGUCGGUUCAGCCGGUCCACUCGGACCCUGCUCUGUUCCGUGCCUGGCCGGAGCUCAUUGGAAAGCAUCGCUGUAGCCGUGCAUUUGCCUACCGCGAAUUCCUUGAGGGCGGCGCUCCAGUGGCAUUCGGCACAGAUUCACCCACCGCAUCUCAUCCCGCCCUGCCAAACUUGUAUAAUGCCACCACCAGGAGAUCCGCCAUUGAGCCUGAGUGUACGGAAACGGUGAAUUCCCACUUUGGGUUGCCUCUAGCUGCUGCUGUUAGUGCCGCCACAACUGGGGCGGCCUAUUCCCGCUGGGCGGAUUCGUGGACCGGGUCCCUGAAGGCUGGGUUGAGCGCGGACUUUGUGGUUUUGGAUAUGGACUGGAAGGCAGAGAGUUUACUCAAGGCAAACGUACAGCAAACCUGGGCUCGAGGGCGGAAGACCUUCGAUGCCAGUGCGGAUGGUGCACAACUAUAA